AUGGGUGCCCGCGUCGACUGGCGCAGACAGUUCGUCACCACUGACGCUAACCCCUACUACGAUGCUUUCGUCCGCUGGCAGAUGAACCGCCUGCACGAGCUUGGCAAGAUUAUGUACGGCAACCGUUACACCAUUUACUCCCCUAAGGACGGCCAGCCUUGCAUGGACCACGACCGCACAGAAGGUGAGGGCAUUGGCCCCCAGGAGUACACCGCCAUGAAGCUUCAGGUCAAGGAAUGGUCUCCUCAGAUGGCAGAGCUUGUGAAGGGUAAGAUCGAGGACGACGCCAAGGUUUAUUUCGUUCCCGCUACUCUGCGUCCCGAGACCAUGUACGGUCAGAACAGCUGUUUCCUCGGCCCCAAGAUCAACUAUGGUCUGUUCAAGCUGAAGGAGAAGGAGUAUGUUGUCGUGACUAAGCGUGCUGCCUGGAACAUGGCCUUCCAGGGCCACUUCUUCGGCGACAAGUUCCCUAAGAGCCAGGAUGAGCUCCCCCAGGUUCUUGAAGCACCUGGUUCUGCUUACAUUGGAACUCUUGUCAACGCUCCCUUGUCAUUCCACACUGAAGGUAUUCGCAUCCUGCCUAUGGACAGUGUCUCUGCUUCCAAGGGUACUGGUGUCGUCACCUCUGUGCCCUCCGACAGCCCCGAUGACUACGCCACCCUGAUGGACCUAGCUAAGAAGGCCGACUACUAUGGUAUUAAGAAGGAGUGGGCCGAGUUGGAGAUUUACCCUCUUAUUGAUACUCCCACCUAUGGCAACUUGACUGCCCCUGCUUUGGUCAAGGAACUGAAGAUCAACUCCCCCAAGGAUGCUGUUCCCCUUGCCAAGGCUAAGGAAUUGGCCUACUCGGAAGCCUUCUACAAGGGUACCAUGCUGGUUGGUGAGUUCAAGGGCGAGCCCGUUAGCGCUGCCAAGGAGAAGGUCCGCAAGGCUCUUUACGAGAGCGGCGAUGCUUUCCCCUUCGCUGAUCCCAUGGGCAAGGUCGUUAGCCGCAGUGGUGACGACUGUGUUGUUGCCUACCUUGGCCAGUGGUUCCUGAACUACGGUGAGAAUGACGCCGAGUGGCAGCAGGAGACCCUGAACCACGUUGUCAACAACCUCAACACCUACUCUAACGAGUGCAAGCACGGAUUCGAGAAGAACCUGUCUUGGCUCAACCGCUGGGCCUGUGCCCGUACCUACGGUCUCGGAUCCCAACUGCCUUGGGACAAGCAGUUCCUGGUUGAGAGUCUGAGUGACAGUACUGUCUACAUGGCUUACUACACCAUUGCUCACCUGCUCCACGGUGACCGCUACGGAAAGACCACUGGCUCCUUGAACGUCACGGCCGACCAGAUGACUGAUGAGGUCUGGGACUACAUCUUCACGAGACGGGAGAUCAGUGACGAGCUUGUUUCCAAGAGUGGGAUUAACAAGGAUGCUCUGCUGAAGAUGCGCCGAGAAUUCGAAUACUGGUACCCUCUGGAUGUCCGUGUAUCCGGCAAGGACCUAAUCCAGAACCAUCUGACCUUCUUCCUCUACAUCCACAUUGCGCUCUUCCCCAAGGAGUACUGGCCUCGCGGUGUCCGUGCAAAUGGUCACCUGCUUCUCAACGGCGAGAAAAUGAGCAAGAGUACUGGAAACUUCCUUACUCUGAAGGAUGCUGUUGACAAGUUCGGUGCUGAUGCUACCCGUAUUGCAUUUGCUGAUGCUGGUGACAGCAUCGAGGAUGCCAACUUUGAGGAGACUGUUGCCAACAGCAACAUUCUUCGUCUACACACCCUGAAGGACUGGGUUGAGGAGAUCGCUAAGGACGAGACUCUCCGCACCGGCCCUGCCGAUGCCUUCGCUGACAAGCUCUUCAUCAACGAGAUUAACAGCCUCGUCCGCGAGACCCAGAAGCACUACCAGGAUACCGACUUCAAACUUGCCCUGAAGUCCGGCCUGUACGACUUCACCAGCGCUCGCGACAGCUACCGUGAAGCUUCCAACGCCGCUGGCGUGGCUAUGCACAAGGACACCAUCCUGCGCUACAUUGAGCUGCAGACUCUCAUGCUGGCCCCUAUCACUCCUCACUGGUCUGAGCACGUCUGGCUUGAGGUUCUUAAGAAGCCCGAGUCCAUCCACUUCGCCCAGUUCCCUACCGUGCCCGAGCCCUCCCCCGAGCUGUCCGCCGCUCAGAACUACGUCCGCAGCACCGCGUCCAACAUUCUGUCCUCGGAGGCCAACUUCGCCAAGAAGCUCUCCAAGGGCAAGUCUGCUGGCUUUGACCCUCGCAAGCCCAAGAAGCUCACUAUCUACGCUGCCAAGAAGUACCCUGCCUGGCAGGAGAAGUACAUCGACCUUGUGCGCGAUGCCUUUGACGCUCUGAACAUCUCCAUCAACGACAAGGAGCUCAACGCCCAGGUUGGCAAGCUCGGUGAGAUGAAGAAGGCCAUGCCCUUCGUUCAGACGCUGAAGCGCCGCCUGAUUCAGACCCGCGAGGCUCCCGAUACUGUCUUCGACCGCAAGCUUCCCUUCGAUGAGUUGUCCGUUCUGUCUGAAAUGACUGGUGGUCUCAUCCGCACUGCUGGCUUCAAGGAGAUUGAGGUCAUUGCUGUCAAUGAGGGUGGUAAGACUGGUGAGGUUGUUGGUUCUGGUGAGACCCGGGAGGGUCUGUCCGCUGAGAACGCCGUUCCUGGACAGCCUACAUUCCAGUUCACCAAUGUCGAGUAGAUGAUUUGUCGUUGUUUAUUGAAAAACCUUUUCAUUUGCUGGUUUAAGAAUCAUGUUUGAUGAGUUUAUGUUGGAAUAUAAAAGAUAAAGCAUGAAGCAUUUUAUUGGUCUAAAGCUUUUC